GCCAGGAGCUGACAGCCCUGACACUGACAAGUAGUCAUGAGAGAAAUUUUAUUCUACCUGGCGCUUUCUUUAUGGUUUUCGUUUAGGAUGGUUCGUUUGAAGGUGAAAAUAAAAUUUGUACAUCGGUAUUUUUACACGUCUGUUUUUAACUUUAUUAAACAUUACGGCUCAGGAGGACGAUGGGGCUGGGAUACUUUAUUUUUUCUAUAAUUUGAGAGCCAAUAUCAUGGGUAUUAAGCAACUAAGUAGUCGCUCAGUCUUGAUCGUCUUGAUUCUCACUCGGCAGGCAAACUCCGUCGUGACACGUCGCAGGUCGCAGCCUGCCGUCUCAGCGAGCCGAGCAGGGGUUGGUCACCCACGAAGGUGCUCAUCGGUUGAAAUGACGGGUUUGAAUUAAACUUCAAGAGUGUCACCUGCUCAGAAAAAUGUAUAACUAGAGUCUGACCAGCUACUAAGGUCGUGGGCCGCUUCUCUUCCCGCGUGCAACUACGAGCGAGGCUUCGACUACGGGGCCAGUUGUCCUGCUACUGAGCGAGCUGGUUCUUCGGCCUCCGACCAACGUUGUCAACAAUGUUAGUGUUACGUCUCCAAAAAGCCGUCGCCCGCAGCGAAACAUGCAGAGUUGUGUCCGGACACCCUAGGAGCGGGCAGCUGAGGUUCAACAUUUGUGGCUGUAUCCACGCCCGUAUGGGGCACCAUGGCUCCAGGGGCCUUAGAGGGUAUGCAAUCCAAAACACUGCAGCGGGGGUUCUGUUGCAUCCGACAUCCUGUGGCCGCUCCCCGUCUGCCUCUCCCUGGACCACACACGCACGGCGCGCGCAUGCACAGGUGAGGCGUGAGGAUGAAUCAGAUGGUGUUAUCUGUCAAACACGGUCCUUGGGGGAACGCGUAUCCAUGCGAAAUGUGCGCGCGUGCCUUGGCCUACCUCGCCGACGGCUUCUUCUUGUGCCUCCGACGUUGCCGAUGUCUCUACAAAGAAAGGAGGGGAGGGGGUGUAAUUUGGCGUAUUUCGCAAACGUACCGUAACCACGGUUCAAAGUAAUAUAGAAUUGUAUGAAAGA